UAAACAUGGCUGCGCUCUUAAGAUCAGCCCGGCUACUUAAAUAUUCACCAACUGCAUUGCUUCAGGUAGUAAGGAGCAGCAGACAUGGACCGACAGCAGGUCGUUUUUACAGCGGAGCGGUCGGGACUAAAUGUGUAGAGUUUUAUGGCCGUCAGGCAGUCCCAGGACGGUUCAAUGUAAACAGAUCUGCCUUGCCCUGUGCAAUCUGUCGUCAGUAUGGAGUGGUCCAGGAGCAGAGGGGUCCGGUGAAGGAUGAGCCCAGUCUAGCUGUCCGGUCCAAGCAAGCUCAGCAGUUUGACUGGGCUCUGGCGAAACUAGACAGCUCAGUUAGACGGACAGGCAGGGUCACCAAAACGCUGCUGCUACGCAUCUUUCAUGAUAUUUGCAGAACAGGUUAUCCUAGUGGAAAUCAAGCCCUGUUGUUGUUGAGAAGCUGUGGUUCCUUACUCCCCGAGGUUCCCUUGGCCGAGCGCACAGAGCUAGCGCAAUGUAUCUGGGAUAAGCUUCAAGAACAUGGUGCCACCUAUGAUGUGAGCCAUUACAAUGCCCUGCUCAAGACUUACCUGCAGAAUGAGUUCAGAUUCUCUCCAACUGACUUCCUGGCUAAAAUGGAAGCGGCUAAUGUUCAGCCAAACAGAGUGACCUAUCAGAGACUCAUUGCUGCAUACUGUCAGGAUGGGGACAUUGAUGGUGCAAGUACAAUCCUGGGCUUUAUGAAGAGCAAAGACCUGCCAGUCACAGAAGCUUUUUUCAACUCUGUAGUGACAGGUCAUGCCCGGGCUGGGGACAUGGAGAGUGCUGAAGGUAUCCUGGCAGUCAUGAGAGGGGCGGGGAUUGAGCCAGGCCCAGACACGUACCUGUCUCUCCUCAAUGUAUAUGCUGAGAAAGGACACACUGACAAAAUUAAACAGACUCUAGAGACAGUGGAAAAUGCUGAUAUCCAUCUCAUGGAUAGAGAUUUGAUGCAAGUGAUUUUCAGUCUGACUAAGGCCGGCCACCAGCAGUUUGUGCCUGAGAUUGUGGAGCGCAUGCAUCAUGAGAGAGGAUAUGUACCAGAUGCUAUGAACCUCUGCUUGAGUCUGAUAACUCAGGGACAUGAAGAUACAGCGUUUUCAGUGCUUAAGAGCUUCACCAGCCUGCAGGUAGAGUCACAGACUAGUGAUUCUCCAGACUUGGGAAAUUUCUUUCUUCGCCAUUGCGUCAAUAUGGACAAGUCUGUGGACACGAUGGCUGGAUUUUGCAAAGAUCUCAAAGAUUCUGGUCUGCACUCUACACCACUGCAGUUCACACUUCAGUGUGCUCUGGAAGCCAAGAAGACUGGUAUGGCUGUUGAGCUCAUGAGAAGGAUGAAGGAGGGAGGUUUGCCUGUCAGACCACACUAUUUCUGGCCCCUGUUUACUCAUUACCAGAAAGACAAGAACAUUCCUGGUAUUCUGGAAACUCUGAGAGGCAUGCAAGAGCUGGAUGUCCCUGCAGAUGUUGAUACCUAUUCUACCUACAUCCUGCCCUGCUUCCCAUCAGUAGACAGUGCCCGCACAGCUCUUAAGGAGGCUGGCUGUGACGUGAACAUGGAUAGCUUGAUUGCAGCAGAGUUGCGAAGCGAAGCAUCACGUGGAAAUCUUGCAGGCCUGCUCUCUCUGAUGUCUUCAUCCACUCUCCCAGCCAUUGACCUCAGUGCUUUCAGAGCCAGUCUUCUCUUUGGAUUCAGAGGGAUUCAAGAUGUGGAGCUUAUGGCUAAGAUCACAGAAAUUCUCUACAAAGACAGCCGAUUCAAUCGGGUUGACCCUGAAAGUUCAGAAAAUGUGGCCUACUUUCUCUACAAUCUUAUUGAUGCCAUGAGUGAAACAGAGGUGCAGUCCAAGGAAGAGAAGCUUAGGGAAUACUUCAGCCUGCUCAAGAACAUGAAUAUCAACAUACCUAUGAAUAUCUUCAGAGGAAUCAGGAACAUUCUGGAGUCCUACCAUGUUCCAGAGCUUAUCAAGGAUGUCCUUGCUCUUGUGGAUAGAAAAGAAAAUGGGAUGGUAACUGAUGGGUCUCUGAUUAAGGGUCUAGAGGGGAGGAUGGUGUUUCUGGAGAAAACCUUGGAAGAGUUGAAAUCUGAGGGAAAGCCUGCUGAUUCCAUCCUCAAGAAAAUAAUUGCAAUCCUGUGUACUGAGGAGAAACUGGAGAGAGCUCUUGAGCUUAAAGCUCAGUAUGAACAGGAUAUGACUCCCGCCACAUACGCCAUGCUCAUCAACCUAUGUUGUCGCCAUGACAAUGCUGAGGAAGCCCUCAACCUUAAGAGGGAAUUGGCUCGCAAGGACUCUGAGGUAGCAUUGGAUGCUCAGAAGUAUGUGGCCUUGGUUCGAGUGCUGACCAAACAUGGCAAGCUGGAAGAGGCAGUAGACAUGCUGAAGGAGAUGAAGGAAAAGGAUGUGCCCUUAAGGGACACCACAAUCAAUUUGCUUACCCUCAUGAUGAACGCAGCUGCAAUUAAAGGAGAUGCCACCACUAUUCGACGCCUCCAGGAGACCAUCUUUACCCUGGGCCUGGCCAAACCGUCCAAUAAUCUCUGCUCACCCCUCAUCUCUUGCUAUCUGGAGAGUGGGGACUAUGCAGGCGCGUAUGAUGCCGCUGUGGAGUGCCAUAAGCAAUACAACCAGAUGCCCAAAAUCCAUGAUCUCAUCUGCGGCCUGGUGGAAAAGGGAGAUUCUGAGCUAUUACAGAAAGUCAUGGGGUUUUUGAGUCAGGAGCGUGGCGAGAUGAUGAUGCUCUAUGACCUUUACUUUGCCUUCCUGCAGAUGGGCCGCUACAAGGAGGCACGCAAAAUCAUCGAGACUCCUGGUCUAAGGGCACGAGCGACCCGUCUGCAGUGGUUUGCAGAGAAAUGUAUCUCAGCCCAACUGAUGGAGCCCCUGGAGAACAUGGUGGACAUGACUGUCAAGCUGUUUGAGUGUGACAGAGAUGACAUGUACCAUUAUUUGUUCCGUCUCUGCAAGGAGACCAAUGACUGGCAUAAGGCUGAGGCAGCCUGGACUAAAAUGCAAGAAGAGAAUCUGAUUCCCAGAGAGAGGACCCUGCGUUUGCUGGCUGAUAUCCUCAAAAGCAAUAACCAGGAGGUGCCCUUUGAGGUGCCUGAGGUGUGGUUUGAGGAGGACAUCAAAGGUCAGCCUGAGAUGGUCUUGGAGCAAGAGGACAAAUUCAGCCGUAUGGCUCAGACUUCACCUCGUAAAAAAGCCACAGCCUCGCCCCCUAAAAAGGCCACUGUUGAGGACUAUAAACUCCAUCUUCUGUCUCUCUGCAAGAAAGGCAAAGUUCAGGAGGCCUAUGACAUUGUGAAGGAGGCAGAUAGGAAGGGCAUGGUUCUUGGGCCUUCCCCAUAUGAUGCCCUAAUCAAAGCCCUCCUGGCCUCAGGCAACAUUGAGGAUGCCAUUGCUGUCAAAAACAUUGCCACCAAUCAUAUCGAUGGAUUUAAUUUGAGUGACAUGGCCAGCAACCUCCUCAUCAUCUCUCAGGUGAAGAGAGGCCAAAUGAAAGAUGCUUUGGAGGUUCUUAAGAGGAUGUCACAGGCUGACCAAAUGCCCAGUCAGCUGGCCAUCACUCGACUAGUUCAGGGUUUCGGGAAUGAGGGAAACACACAGGGCAUCCAGGAAGUGGAAAGCUUGGUUAAGACAUUAGGCUCCAUCAAGCUAUCCAGCAUGCUGUUUGUAAACAAUACUGCUCUGUCUCACAUCAAAAAUGGGGAUAUUGACAGAGCGGUGGAGGUUUUGGAGUCUGUUUACACCCAGAACACAGAAAAUCAGAACCCCAAUAUUUCCUUUGUCUUCCGCAAAGUUCUAGAUGCCAACAAUGAUGCUGCGCUGGAUAAAUUGAGUGCUAUGGCGGAAAGGCUCUGCAAUCACUUUGCCUCCUACAGAGCUGCUACAGACCUCUUCCUGAUGUACUUGGACACAGGCAGGGCAGAGGAGGCCAAGGUCCUCCUGCAGCGCUGCGCCGCUGUCGCCGAGCAGAAGGACGUCAUGUUUACGUACAUGUUACGAGCGUCACAGCAGCCGGGACAGGCUGCUAAGAUCAGGACUCUGGCAGAGUUGAUCCCUGACUUUGCAGAAAAGGAAGCGAUUUAUUCAUAUCUAGUGAAAUGCUAUGGUUUGGAUAAGGACCUGGGGUCAGCUAAAGCUCUAUAUGAGCAGAUGCAGGCUGAGGGGGUAAAGGCAGACGAGUUAACGCUGAAGAGACUGGGGUUACUAUACAGAGAAGCCGGCGAAACGGUUCCCUUCCAAGAACCUUCGGAGACGUUUCGGUUCUAUGCAGACAAACUGAAGAAGCAGCGCUCUUCAGCAUAGUCGCUGAAUCCAGCAUAUGACUAGAAAACCUCUCUGAAACUUUUUUUUAUAUAUAUAUAUAUAUAUAUAUAUAUAUAUACACAACAGAUUCUGUUGAUAUACUGUGAUUGUUGGUGUCUGUUAAAAUUUGUUCUUGCCCUCCAUAAUGAUGUUUUGGAGACAUUAUGGUAACAAUAUUGUGUACAUAGGUACUGUAUUUAUGCGAAUAAAUGUAAACACAAAGUUUAGUGGCAGUUUAUUUUUAUUUUUGUUUCUGAAAUGGGUGUCACACAGUAAGAGGUUUUCACAACAAGCGCUCCUGCAAUGCAGAUUUUGACUCCACAGAAUUGAAACAUAUUCCUGUAAAAUGCAUUAUAUGACAUAAUAUGGAUCUCACAUGGAGAAUGAAGUAUUAAAUGUAUACAUACCAUAGUAAGCUUCUUUAUCAGAACACUUUACUCAGAUGCUCAGUUAUGUAGUAAUAUACACUGUAUAAUAAAUAUCUCAUUGGAAAGAUCAUGGAUCAACUGACAUGCAUCCAGGGUUAUUCAAUCAUAUAUAGAUUUAUCAGGAUUUAACAUAAGUUCAUAUCGUUCGUUAUCUAGCUCUUAAUAUACAAAUGCAUUCUUGGUGUGAUUUACAAAACCUUUCAAAGGCUUUUUAAUAAAUCUUCCAUAUAUUUAAAUCAAUACAUUUAGAAUGGAACAAAGAUGUGCUGUUUAUGGAUAUUUACCAAACCUGAGCUCUAAUCUAUCAUCAAAAAGUGGAAAAGUAAUUGUAAAAGGAAAUUAAUAGAACAUCGCUGCCAUCCAGUGGCAGUCAGUUGAAGUCUACAGACAUCAUUGGAGCAUCAACCCUUGUAUUUAGAUGUUUUAAAUAGUCUGGGCUUGACCUGUUACCCCCUUAUUAUGGGGUGAUUAUCUAACCAGUCACAUGGUCACACAAUCAAUACUCUUUUCUCAUGCAAUGUUAUGAAAACCUUUACCAAGACAUCAAGUUGAAGUGUGUUUUUAGCUAUUUGCAAAGGCUGCAAACUGUCAAUGUAGUUCCAUAACACUUAGACAUUAAAUCUUAGCUACUAAGUAACUUCAUUAAAGUCGCUCAAUUCUC